CUUGACAAAUCAAGCUCUUUAAAAAUUGCGUUAUAAGAAAAACAAAACCCCCCAGAGGCCGUCGCAUUAAAGAAUCAGAUCCUGACUUGAAAGCAAACAAGACUCACACUCUUGCUCUUAUUACUUGAGGAAUCUAAAUCUCGCAAAAUGUCUGAAUCUAUUGAGCAGGUGCUCGCCAAGCUCCCGAGCGAGUACACCAAAAGACCCGUCCGCAUCGCCGUAAUUGGCGGCACGGGUCUCAGCAAGCUCGAGGGCUUCACCCCGGUGGCGGCGCUCCGCGUGAGCACGCCGUGGGGCGAGCCGUCGUCGCCGAUCCAGAUCCUGGAGCACGGCGACAUCGCCGUGGCGUUCCUGUCGCGCCACGGCCUGCACCACCAGCUCGCGCCGCACGAAGUGCCCAGCCGCGCCAACAUGGCCGCCCUGCGCCGCGUCGGCGUCCGCUGCGUCGUCGCCUUCACGGCCGUCGGCAGCCUGCAGGAGCACAUCAAGCCCAUGGACUUUGUGCUGCCCGACCAGGCCAUCGACCGCACAAAGGGCGUGCGUCCUUUUACCUUUUUCGACGGCGGCCUUGUCGGCCACGUCGGCUUCGCCGAUCCCUUUGACGAAAAGGUCGCCGCCGUCAUCAAGACCUGCGCCGAUGCCAUGUCGGGCGACGGCGUCGUGCUCCACGACAAGGGCACCGUCGUGGUCAUGGAGGGACCUCAGUUCUCGACCCGUGCCGAGUCGCACAUGUACCGAUCAUGGGGCGGCUCCGUCAUCAACAUGUCGACCCUUCCCGAAGCCAAGCUCGCCCGCGAGGCUGAGCUCGCCUACCAGCCCAUCUGCAUGGCCACCGACUAUGACUGCUGGCACUCGAGCGACGAUGUCGACGUCGCCAUGGUCCUGGGCUUCAUGGCUGCCAACGGCGCCAACGCGAGGCGCCUCGUGGCCGCCGUCCUCGACCGCCUGGCCGAGGCCCAAAACGCCGACGUCGUCAACGCAAAGCACCUCGAGGGCGCCUCGGUCGGCGCCGUCAAGUUUAUGACCAAGCCCGAGGGCCGCAGCAAACAGGCCCUUGAGAACUUUGAGUUUCUCUUUCCCGGCUCCGCCUCUGUCCUGAAUAGCUAGAAGGAGCCCGGUGUAUAUGAGGAAUUGGAACAUCAAAUGUUGCAUAAAGUAUACAGGAGCAACAUCUUGCUAGACGGCAGAGUGUCUACGUCCCAGCUGCUGCAGAAGAAUAAAAAGAAACAAGUAUAUACGAAGGAUUUUCAGCUUGGACGAUAGGAUAUCCUUGCUAUUCUAACAUGCCUUCUUUACCGCGUCCCUUGCCGCGUCAUCCCUCAUAAAGCCUCGUCACAUAAGUUGGUACAAAACUUGCACACCUUUCUCGGCAGCAGCCACAUGCCAUGGCCUGAUAUCUGUAUCGCGAUCAACCAUGCCCCUGGCUCGGGCUAAAGACCCAAGACCCCUGAAAUAUGUCAGCAUUUCCCGGAGUAACGCUUCGUACAUGCGCGGGUUGCCCUCGGUGUACAUGACAUUGACCUCCAUCACAACCGGCGGGUCCUCCACCCGCGUACCUCCACGCUUGACCAGGUAGCCGCUGACCAACGUAGGAUUCAGUUCCACAACAGAAGCCGCGUUAUUGAGCCUGUGCGACAGCACAGCUCCCCAUGUGGUAUCAGUGAUGUCAAGAAGUAUGGUGUCAGGAUCCGACUCGGCCGGUGUGGUCUCAGCGCCCGGGGUCGUCGGGACAGCUGUCCCGCCAGUAGCCCCCAUAGGUGUUGCGGGAGUGUUGCCGUCUGGAGACAUCACCGAAGCUUGCGGUGUUGAGGCCGGGGUGGUGUAGAAUGCAGUAGGAGCAGACAAUGGUAUCUUGACUAAAGGCGGAAUAAGGUGCAAUGAUGGGUCAGUGUCUACCGCCAAUAAGGUGAGACUGGUCGUAGGUUCCUUUGUUUCACCCUGCUGGAGACUAGUCCAGACCUCGAUUUCAUGUGGCUCCAUGGGACCACACUUGGAAAUGAUGAUCUGCCAGUGAACCUUCCAAGCCGAGAUAACGUCUUGGGUGGUUUCCCAGAUCUCCUGCGCCACCUUUGCGAAAGAGGUCGUCAGCGGCCUUUCCCUUCUUCCCAGGCAGUAUGAAGCAGUCAUCUGCUUGAGGCCGCGGUUAUCAGUCCAUGCUGCCGUGAUCCAACGCUCGUCGACGCUCUGCGCAUAAGCAACAUGCAUGCAUGAGUUUUCGUGCAGAACGUUCGUGGAAGACGUUCCAAUCAGCUUGAAAUCGAUCAUCCUUGGUAGCGAUUGCUCCAGAAUGACAGCCGGCAUAGGCAUUGAACCAUCGCACACGGUGCAACGGUCGUAUGUCUCCAGAGAAAGCCUAACAUACUCUGAAGGUGCCGGUAUGGCCAGAGAUGAGGGCGCUGCUACAAUGUCGAGCGGUAUGAGCUGCAUUACGAGCUCGUUGGUAACAGACAAACGUUUUUCUGUCAAUAUUCUCUUGAACAACUCGUAAAGACGUUGAAAUGCUGCACAGCAGUCAACGAUCGAAGCAGGGUUUGCCGGGUUGUAGAUGAAAUAUACAACAAAGUUCUUGCGAUCGACUGCCGCAGCUGCGAGAGCCUGGCUCAAUUUCCCCAUCUGAUCGGCCACUGGUGUGCUUUGUGGUGGCAUGAGUGACCCUGGAGACUCAACUACGGAUACAGAGCUGCCCUCAGCUUCGUAAGACAGCAGUCCUUCCGAGAUGCUGCUGCUCGAAGGCAGCCGCUCAAAACUUCCAAGCUUGAGAGAUUCAUAAACAUUUCGCAUGCGGUUCAAGAAAGUGUCCACGUGAUCCGACAUACCACCCUUUUCUGGGAAAACACAGACCGCGUGGACAUCUUUCGGUCCCUGCGACGGUCCAAGCCCAAGACUUUCCCAAAAGUCCAUGCAAGAAGGAAGCAAGGAAAGACGGG